UCCAGCCCAGCUUCUCUCCACUGCUGCAGUACGACGAGUCUCGGGAAGUACUCAACCACACCUUCAGCUUCUACAGUUCCAUAAUGCUCCCCUCCACCUUAAAUUCCCCCACUGCCUCCCUCAAUCAACCUCUGCCCUCUCUGCUGCCCUCCUCUCUCCUCAACCCCGCUUUAAUCCCCAUCCCUUUACCCUCAUCCUCUCAACAGACACCCAAUUUUGACUAUGAUCCCUUAUCCUCCACCUUCUCUUUGAAGGACUUAGCCAACCUGGAGAGCAUGCUCCUCUGGACCCUCCAUGAGCCCAGCACCAUCGCUCUGACCGUCAUGUACUGCCUGUCUUUCAUUCUGGGAUUUGUUGGGAAUUUAAUGUCCCUGCGUGUCCUCACCAACAGGCGGAGCCGGCAGCUGGCUGGUGUUAGUGCCACGCGCAGCCUCCUUGUGAACCUGGCAGUGUGUGACCUCGCUGUGGUUCUUGUGUGCAUGCCCAUCACACUGGGGAGCCAGAUCUACUCCGCUUGGGUCUACGGGGACCUCCUCUGUCGAGCGGUGCCCUUCACGCAGGCUGUUUCGGUCUCAGCGAGUGUGUUAACUCUGACUGUGAUCAGUGUGAAUCGCUACUACAGUGUUCGGUCUCCACUGAGAGCUCGCUCCAUGUUCACCAGGCGUCGAAUCUUGGCAACCGUCGCCGUGGUGUGGACGGUGUCUUCGAUCAUGUGCGCUCCUAUUGCGGUGAUGAACCGGCGACGGGAGAUCAGCUUUGGGACAUUUGCCAUCUUGGUCUGUGAGGAGAAGUGGCCUCAGCAUCGCCUUAAACAAGGAUACAACGUGCUGCUGUUCGUGAUGCUUUACUGCCUGCCAGUGACCUUUAACCUCACUAUAGGCUUCCUGACUGGCAGGCGGCUUUGGGGAGGAAAGAAAUCCACGUUUGCUGAUCUGGAUCCCCGCAGCAAAGCUCUGCACGCCUCACGCCUCAAGACGCGCCAGAAGAUCGCCAAGAUGGUGGUGUGUCUGGUGCUGUUAUUUGCGAUGUCGUGGCUGCCGCUCUACUUGGCUGACCUUUGGAUCGACUGCGAGGAAAGGCCACCGUCUUGGCUCUUGCAGACGCGGCCUUUUGCUCAGUGGCUGGGCCUGACAAACUCCAGCCUGAACCCCAUCUGCUACUGUUUCAUAGGGGAUCUGUACCGCUCGGCCAAAGGGAUGCGGAAGCGAUACUACCAGAAAGUUGCGUCUUUCUUUGGCUCCUCUUCAUUCUCAGGCUCAGCGGCCGUGGCGUCUCCUGCCACAGUGAUUACAGACUCCAAAGGGACUUGUGCUGAGCGCCACCAUAUUGCCGCUGCUGCUGUGGCAGCGUCUGCAUCCAUUGUUGCGAUCCCCAGGCUGUUAAGCUUGGCUAGGGCCCAGUGCCUGGGGCAGAAGGUCGGAGACAGUUCAGACAGCCGAGUGGGAUCUGACCACAGUAUCUCAGACUGGUGUCGGUCCAGUCCCAGUGUAUGUGACAGCUCUUUGUUCCCAUGCCAGCUCCAAAUACCCCAGCUCUCCAUACAAAGAGUAGACUUCCUGCCCACAAGGAGACACUCCGUGAAUGAGAACACAGGGUCAUUACCUCUAGGAAUCGAGUCUGUGGAAAUAGGUUUCCUGCCUUUGAGGCGGCAUUCGGGGGAGAGAAUAUAUGGUCCGUCAGCUGAUAAGAGAGACAUCAUUACCAUGGGCAGGGAUGGUCUCCGUUUUUCUGGGCAGCACAGAAGCAAAACAUCACAAACCUACUUUCAAGUGGAAGACAGGGAGGAUGAAACAACCACUAUGACCAGCCUUUGAGAGCUAGUAUCAGCAGGGAAAUAUAUUCUUUAUGUGUCCGUCCUGCAGGCAGCACAAACACACACAGCUUCUGAUUCAUUCUGCAAGUAGACAGCGUUGGUUAAUCCCUUGCAAAAGCCACUGUUUGUAUUGAGGAUAAACUGAGCUGGUCUUCACACUAAUUCUUUCGCUGUUCAGUUUUCUCCUGGUACCAACAAAAACUCAGGGGCUUCAUGAUCAAUGAUUCGACCAAUGAGCUCAGGCUGACGAAAGCAGUUGGAACAGUGGCGGAGAGAAGCCUCAAGGGGAAGAGUCAUGCUUAAUAGCCUCCGGCUGGAAAGCCAGUUAUCAUUAAAAAUAUCUCAUUGAAGCAGUGCACCAUUACACUCAAGUCAUAUCAUAAAUUAUUGAGCUGCAAGUCACAGUCGUGUCUAACAUUGGAUCAAGACCAUAACCCAGCAGGACAUAUGAGUGUGAGGAGUUUAUUUGCUUCUCUUUCUCUCUGAAUGAUAGGGUAGGAAAAUACUGUAUCAGAGCUUCUGACAUCUAUUGUCACCCUCAUCUUCUGCAGUCCGCGAAAGAUGUACCUUCGCAGCAGUUGUUCAUGCGUGCAGUCAUACAGGAGAUUUGAAUGAAACAUAUAAAUCAGAUCAUCUUAAACCUUCCUUAUAAUGACUUUUUUAAAAUUGUCUUAUGAACUGUGAUAUUGCUAUUACAGGUAGGAAGGUAUGAUGCACGUAUAAGGUGCAUCAGAUUACGAAAGUUGGUUAGGUUGUCCUAAACAAGCUAGUUUACGUCAUUCAAAGGAUGUUUUAAGAGUCAGUUAGUCACCCCUAAUUAACCAAACAAACAUGAUUUCUCCUUUGCCUUAAGUGGUUUCUAAUCAUGGAAAUAAUUGUGGAUUAAUUUGACCUGGUGUUGAGAUAACGUUUCUCUAAUUUUGAUGAAUGCAAUUGUGGUUAUGGUUCUCAGAGGAUUUAAAAAUAAUUGUUGCAUGUGUCUUUCCAAAAUCUGUGUCCUAGCCAUCUCAAUUUCCCUUCAUCACUCAGUUUGACACUGUUCAUAAUAGUGUGUGGGGAUAAUUUCACCCCAACUAAUCAGUAGUUAAUUAGAUAAAUCCGUCUUGCAGAUCUCAUCCUCAGUCAGCAGUGGAGUAAUGUUUGCAGGAAGCAGUUGACAUGUUUUCUUGCGGAUUUAAGAAAUAUGCCAGUUUUUCUUGUGGAGACGUCACCAAAACAUACAGUGUGUCUCUUUGAGGCCUUAACAAUUGGCUUACAAAAUCCAUAUGCAAACCGGAUUGUUUCAAUCCUACAUUGUUUACAUCCAUGUUUAGUUCCUAGCAGUUUAUUUUUUUAAAGAUAUAUUCUGCCAUCUCUGCUUUAUCAGAUAUACGGCGCAUGCAAUGUACCACGGGAAGUAGAGGGGUUCCCCAAUGGUGUUUUUCUUUCCUGGUAAAGCCUGCAUAUUGCUGUGUGUUUAGAUGUGUGUUUGCUAUCAGUAAAUCGGUGUAAACCUGUGAGACACACGAAGCAGAGAAAUCUCAAAACCAAGACAAAUUAGUCUGGGAAUUCUAGAUACCACUAAAGGUUAGUCAAACAUGUUUCCAAUUUAAGUGAGCUGACCUUUUACAUUUUAUAUAUCAAACUGGCUGUACCAUGAAUAGCUGUAUAACAGUUUUAGGAAUUGAUAACAGGAUAGGGGUUGGGUCAACCGGAUUUGCUGCCUGAUAUACCAGCAAAUGCCUUGUUGAGUAAAGGACUGACAGGGGGUGCAGUAAUAGCUUUAAAGGUUAAAGAAAUAGAACACACACACACACACACACACACACACACACACACACACACACACACACACACACACACACACACACACACACACACACACACACACACACACACACACACACACACACACACACACACACACACACACACACACACACACACAAAUGCAUGUACACGGACAACACCAUCUACCCUCAGGCUGCUUGCAGUUGUUUGCAGGGCAGAGGUGGUGAAUAGCAUGAACUGCUGUGACAUCAAGCUGCUAAUCACACCCCCUCCCAGCAGAAGUGAAGAGGUGCAACACUUAAGGCAUCAAAUUGUGUUGAGACUGUCCUAUUUAUGUCAUUGGAUAACGUUGCUUUGUACCUCUAUGCCAUAAACUGUGACCGUGUCUUUCAUCUCUCCUUCUCGCUUUACUUUCAUCUACCUCUCUCUUUAUCAGUUUUGCACUUUGUUGAUAGAGGGCAUGUGUAAUUAAAAUUGUACAUUUGGUGUUUCAUUAAAAAAGCAAACAUUU